GUUGUAAGUAUCACUGCCUCUGCUGCCACUGACAAAUACGAUACUGUAGUGGUGACCGGAUGUUUUAUGUUGAUGGCAACGGUUGUGACCGGAUGUGUUUUAUUUUGACACUCUUGUAACGGCGAAGCACUCAGUGCGGAAGUUCUGUCAUCCAGCAGGAGGAGAGGAAAGAGAGGCGCUGCUUCGUCUCAACUUUCCACAUAAAGGCAGCAACCCGUCCCGGGAGGAAAAAGCUCCGGCUCCCCGGGAACAACCGCCCUUCGCCCCAGACAGAAGCAGCUCCUCCGCGGGUCUCUGGUAGACUUCGGGUGAUGGCGAGGCCGAGCCACAGCGAUCAUGUCCUCCAGCAGCUCAACAACCAGCGGGAGUGGGGCUUCCUGUGCGACUGCCUCAUCGCCAUCGGCGACAUCUACUUCCGGGCGCACAAGGCCGUGCUGGCGGCGUGCAGUUCCUACUUCCGAAUGAUGUUCAUCCGGGACCAGCAGGGGGCGGGCCACCUGGACCUCAGCAACAUGCAGAUCAGCGCAGAAUGCUUCGACCUCAUCCUGCAGCUGAUGUAUCUCGGCCGCAUCGUGGUGGGGAGCUACGAGUUCGAGGAGCUCAAAGCUUCCAUGUCCUACCUGCAGAUGUACUACAUCCCCGACUCACUGGAGGACCUCAGAGACAUCCGGAGCUCCAACCUCACCCCGUCUUCCUCCGCCUCCUCCAGCUCCUCCAGCUCCUCCACUGGACUCUCUGGAGGCAAGAUGAUGUUUGGAGUGCGAAUGUAUGAGCAGCAGAGGCCCACAGUGCCGGAAGGAGAGCUUCUACCGAAAGCAGCGCCCAGCAGCAGUGGACGCCCAGCUGCCCCUGCAGCUGGCAGCAAGCCCGUGGUGGCAGAGGAGGCGGCCGGCACUCCUUUGAUUGUGGCUCCGCCCACUGUGGACGGAGCAGCAGAGCAGCCGUGUGACCUGAGAAAGAGGCCCAGCGGCAGGAGUUCUGCUCUCAAAGACCGCCCCAGGUUCGGACGCACCUACACCUGUGAUGACUGUGGCUUCGUCUUCAGCUGCGAGAAGCUUCUGAUCGAGCACAUCCUGACCUGCACCAACAGGAAGGCCUACCAUCCGUCCAGAGGAAACAGCGAGGGCGACAACAGCUCCGGCAAAGCAGAGAGCUCCGCCUCCGAGAGCGCCGAGGAGCAAAGAGUCGCCUGCAAAGGCGAGGACGACUGGGCCGAUGGUCGGGGUGACUCCGAGCUCCCCAUCAGGUCGGUGACCGAUAGCGAGCCCGGCUCCACUAGGAGCAUCAAAACAGAACCAGAAGAAGGCCUGUUCCCUGAGAUCAAGAUGGUCCAGGUGGGCGAGCUGACAGCCAGAGACUGCAGCGCGCGUUUUAGUGACGCCACUCGUAAAGACGCACUGAGGGAGAGGAUGGGAUCGAACCGUGAGUCCGAGCCCGGAGUGUCUGGUUUGGAGAGCUGCAGCGAGUCAGCUGAUGGCCACUUGCCGAGCAGCAGCGACUCGGGGAUCCCCGCCAAGCUGCGGAAGGUCAAGGAUGAGAAACAGGAAGCAGACUGCGCCCCCUGUGAACUGUGUGGCGCGCUUCUAACUGAGGAGGACAAGUCCACCCACUACCUGUCCAACCACAUGGGCCACAUAUGUGCCUGUGGGCGGUGCGGCCAGGUGCUGAUCAAAGGUCGGCAGCUGCAGGAGCACGCGGAGCGCUGCGGCGAAUCCCACGGCGCCGAGUCGGACUCCCACGGAGAGGACGAGGCCUCGCUACUGGGGGAGCCUCAGGGGAUGGAGGAGAGUCUGCUGGACGCCGCUGACCUGGCAUGUCCUCACUGUGGCCUGCUGUUCCAGAACGAGAGCCUGGCGCUGGAGCACGCCUUGUCCUGCCACGACCAGGACCUGUUCCGCCCCGUUCUGCUGGACGAGGGCGGGGAGCCGGACCACCGCCGGAAACACUUCUGCAGCAUCUGCGGCAAAGGCUUCUACCAGCGCUGCCACCUGCGCGAGCACUACACCGUGCACACCAAGGAGAAGCAGUUCAGCUGCCAGACCUGCGGCAAGCAGUUCCUGCGGGAGCGCCAGCUCCGGCUGCACACCGACAUGCACAAAGGCAUGGCCCGCUACGUGUGUCCCGUCUGCGACCAGGGAACCUUCCUGAAGCACGACCACGUCCGGCACAUGAUCUCCCACCUGUCGGCCGGCGAAACCAUCUGCCAGGUGUGCUUCCAGAUCUUCCCGGGCGGCGAGCAGCUGGAGAAGCACAUGGACGUCCACCUGUACAUCUGCGGCGUCUGCGGGGAGAAGUUCCGGCUUCGCAAAGACAUGAGGAGCCACUACAACUCCAAGCACACCAAGAGACUAUAGAGUCUGUUACCAAAAGCCAUAAAUGUGAGAACAAAUGAUGCACUUGAACUCCAGAAAGAUGACUUGGAUCUGCACUUUGAAGCUUAGAAGCAUGACCCAAACAGGUGUUCAGACAGCCGGCAGCGGGGCCGCUGAUUGGUCGCUUUAGACUGUUAGAGGCUGCUUUAAUCACAGCAACGGUUGUUUGGUUCUGAAACAGAUCCAACCCGGUUGAGAUGCUGUUGUACGAAGUUUAGUUCGGUUAAAAUCCAGAGAAAAAGUCUGAAAUGUAUUGCUUCAGCUAACAGGUUGUAGAACCGGGCCAACAUCCAGGCCCACAAAAUGUCCAGAGAAAUGAGGAGCUGGAACCAGAACCUUUAGUAGAAAUAGUCCGAUGGUGUCGCUCACAGUUUGAACUUCAACAGAUGUGAACCCAGGGUUGUUUUUCCCUGGGUUUAAACUCCCACAGCUAGAACAGUUCUGAUUGUUGAGGUCACUUCCUGUUUCAGGGCCCGGACUUGUUUUUUUUAUGUGGGGGGGGGGUUAGUCCAGAAUACUAAGGUUUCUAUUGUGAAAUCAUGGUUGGGGUUUCAGGUUGGAUCCUGAUCCCUUUCAACUGGGUCUCUUCAGGGUUGGGCGGUUCUGUAUCUCGUUCUCCAAUCGGUGCCUUUGCUGUAAUAUAAAAACUCCAAGAAGAAAACACUAGAACCAGCUGGUUAAAAAAACCCGACUGGUUGGAUCUGGGACUGUAAUGCCUUAUGAGUCUCUGCUUCAUCCCUCCCUGCACACAACCAGAACCGGCCCGUGCAUUUACCACCAGAACCAACUCAAACUGCUUAAAAAUUGCUUUAAAAUGAUCCUAAACUAGUUUCUGACUGAUACCAGAUCAGGAUAUUCAUACUGGUCCAGAUCAUUUCCAACAUCCUGACUGAACUUCUUAGAAAGACGAGUUAAAAACGAUCAAACUUUGGACCAUCAGAACAUUUUAAACAAAGUGGGACGGUUUGAACCUGUUGGGUCAUUCGUCGGCCCGUUCCCUGGUGCCCCACAGCUGAUCACAGAGAUAGAAGAAUAGAUGCUGCAUCAGGGUCCAGAUCGUACGUCGCCGCCAUACUGGGAGAUGUAUGCAACGAGUAGAACCAGCCAGUUCUGGUCCAGGGGUUUUGGGUCUGUGGUAAGGGUGUCCAGAGUGAGGUCCGGGGGCCGUUUGUGGCCGUUGGGAUGAUUUUGUGCGGCCCCUGAAUGAAACCGAUCCAGAAUGGUGGAGGUUGCUCCUCGCCUUCAGGCAGUCGAUUAAAGAUGGACAGAUUUGAACUGAAAAUCUCAAUAAAAUGCAGAGUUUUGGGUAAAACACA